AUGAAGGUCCUAGGUGUAAUUCCAGCACGACUGGGCUCAACGCGUUUUCCUGCAAAACCUCUCGUUAAGUUCUUUGGCAAGACAAUGAUUGAGCACACGUAUGCAGCUGCUACAAGGUCUAGACUGCUGUCAAAAGUGAUCGUGGCUAGCGAUAGCGAGCGUAUCCUGGGAGUUAUACAAGCAAUGGGUGGCCACACAAUGCUCACUGGCACUUGCAAGACUGGAACGGACCGUAUUGUGCAGGCACUACAUCUAAUGGAUUCCAAGGAGCUGAGCGAGUAUGAUGUUGUCGUGAAUAUUCAGGGUGACGAGCCGGGGGUAAAUCCGAAACAUAUCGACCUAUGCAUUCAAAGACUGCGCAAUGCUGGACCUCAUAUCGUCGUGAGCACACUCGCUACGCCAAUUUUUGACGAGCAAGACGCUUUGAAUCGCAAUGUUGUCAAAUGUGUCGCUGACCGCAAUAGCAAUGCUCUCUACUUCUCUCGAGCAAUGAUCCCGCAUGCCAAAAACGGCAAGUUCUCACCCGAAACAACGUCGUAUCUCCGACAUGUAGGAAUGUACGCGUUUCGCAAGGAUUUUUUGCUGGAAUUCCCGUCACUUUGUCUUUCAAACCUCGAAGAGAGUGAAGACCUUGAGCAACUUCGUGUGCUAUCUGCAGGUUAUAAAAUUCACUUGGUACAGGUCGAUUCAACGCUUCCAGGUGUUGAUACUCGCGCCGAUCUAGAGGACCUAAAAGCUCAAUGGCCAUUACAAAUUACUUAA